UUACGUUUUCCUUUGUGUUUUCCUGGGCAUUGUUCUCAGUCGAAAGUGGCAGUCUGGAAAAUUCAGCGAUGUGUUUCGACCACGCGACGGUUUCAUGGAAAAUAAGUACGCAACAUUUAGAGAGCUGCUGAUAAAUAUUAACAGUUGGAUGAAAUAUCUCGGUUGAAGGAGCCCUCGAACAAGAAGAAAAUGGAUAAUGGAAACGCCGAGGUGGAAAGAUUCGACAGCUCGAAAACGACGACGGCCAGAAAUCACUACGGGAUUCCCGAAAAUUACAAUCCAGCCGAUCAUCCGGAGGUCAAGUUUAGGAACCAUUCCAACGUGGAUAGGAGCGAGGCUCAGCGGAAACGAAGAUCGAAAAAUCGAUUAUCGAACAGGCGAAGUACCGGUUACGUGAACGCGGAUGUCUUGGAGGCGGCGAUGAAAAUGGGGCCGGAUGGUGAGGGAACUCCGGACGAUAAUAAAUGA